AUGCCGCGUUACAAGCGGACCCGCGACGAGGCCGAGAUGGACCUGGACGUCGCGGUCGAGCCAGCAGUACCGCCAGAGCAGCAAGAGACGUUGACAACCCUUCGAAACAUGUGGGAGUUUGCCAGUCUCAUGCAAUACAUAUUUCUGUUUGGGCAAGUGGUCAAGAUCGACGACGACUUCGACAUCGAGAUGAAACGAGGAUGGAUACUGAUGAUUGUGCGACCGCAGGACCUCGAGACAGAAUGUCUCAAGCCCUCCCCUUCAGACAAACUCGCACACAUCGGUUUGCAGCUGCUCAAAUACGUCUCGUCACAUCGAGGUCUGACACCAGAGAUCUUCGAUGAGUAUACGCGCCGUCAGUAUCUUGCCAAGGCCCCUCAGCGCAAUCCCUUUGGCGACGACGAAGAGCCCGUCAAGUUCAACGAUAUGGACGUGUUCACACGUAUCAAGGUCCUCCAGCAGUUGAGCACAUGGACUCUGGGCAACGCAGAGCGGAUAAGAGGCAUGAUGCCGCAGGACGAGGACCAUCUCAGUUGGCGCAUGGAACCACUCGGCUGGGACAAGGACGAUCGAUCUUACUAUGUGCUCGACGACAACCGACUCUACUGCCGCACUGACGAGCCUCCCCCACCUCCCUCGCCCAAGCCCAAAGCGAAGGCAAAGAGCAAGCCUAAGGCAGCUAAGAGUAGGACAAGAGGAACUCGCGCCAGCAAGCGCAGAAAGAUUGAGGACAGUGAGGAUGAUCAGUCGGAGCAGCAAGUGGAGGACUUCGACGAGACUAUGGCCGACAGUACCGACGUGCCGAAUGGAGACAAAGACCAAACAGAGGAAGAACCUGGAUUUGGCUUCACGAGCAAGACGUGGGAGUGCAUUGCCAUCACUCUCGAGGAGUACCAAGACUUCAUGGCGAGCAUUUUCCGGUCUCGGGAUCCAAAUGAAAAGCAGCUGAGAUCCAGAAUCGAGGAAGACGUGCUGCCAAUCAUUGAGAAGCGUGCAGAAGCAUUGAGGCAGAAGCAGUUCAAGAAGAUACGUGAGCUGGAGAACCUGCAAAAGAUGGCAACUGCAAAGCGCUCGAGCAGAUUGGCUGGCAAAGCAGAGAAGGAGAAGCAGGAGCGUGAGGAGCGUGAAGUUGAGGAGAAGAGACAACGUGAGCUGAAGAUGGCCCACGAAGAGCAGGACAGGCAGAGGAGAAUCGAAGAGGGUCAUGAGUCCCGUCGGCUCACUCGAGAACAGCGGGUUCGAGAGCGCGAAGCCAAGCGCAUUUUGCACGAAGAAGAACUCGCCAAGUUGGAGGACGAUGCUUUGCGGGCUGAAUCCCAGGAUGCCGAAGACGCGGCCGAAGCCAAGCGUGCUUCAGAGCGCCAACGCAAGACCCAGAAGGAACAGCACAAGAAAGAACUGGAGAAGCUUGCGGAAGACGAUGGUAACUGGUACUUCGACUGCUCUGUCUGCGGCAAGCACGGCGAGAAUAUGGACGAUGGCACCCACAGCAUUGCCUGUGACAGGUGCAGUGUCUGGCAACACAGCAAAUGCCACGGCUUCUCACCCAAGCAGGCGGAGAGCGAUGGGUUUACGUUCAUCUGUGGCACAUGCAAGCGCAAGGAACAAGACGCGAAGAAGCCCAAGAUUCCGCCUCUCAAACUCCACAACCGUGGAAGUGGAAGUCCAGAGUCUCAAAAGGCUGCGAGCCGCCCGACCACAGCAAAUGGUCAACAGUCUAAGCGCAUGCCAGAUCAUGUCGCUCGGCAGCUCGAUCACCUUGCAUCACAACAACCGCGUCCCUCUCCCGGCCCAUUUGGCCAACUCACGAAUGGACCGAGUCUGUCACCACAUGGCCAGGCACAUGGUCCACCAGGAUACCGGUAUCCUCCGAUUCACAACUUUGCUCCUCAAGCACCACAGCAGCCCUGGCAAGGUAGCCCACUGCCACCUCCAGGCCGACAGACGCACGGUUAUGGUGGUGGCGCUCCGCAACAGGCCAAUGGCUAUCCUCCCUCCCACCAUCAACAACAGCAUCUUUAUGCGCAUCAGUCUGCAGUUGCAUCUUCAGGUGCACAUCCAAGCUACUAUCAGCAGCAGUAUGCUCCACUGGCCAACGGGUACAUCCCGAGACCACCGACUGGCAUGUAUCCUGCAACACAGCAGCCCCAACAACAGUAUUACCCGCCACCGCAAUCGCAACAUCAUCCGCGCCACAACCCGGAGCAACAAACACAGAGGCCUGGUUCUGCGCAGCUCAUGAAUGGCUUCCAAUCUCCAGCAAAGGCACCAGCAAAGCCGAUUUAUUCCUCUCCACCGCAACAGCGUACACAGCCACAUGGAGCAGCGCAAGGAUCACCGUCAGGACAAUCCCAGCAGCAAACCCAACAAUUGCAGCAGAGCCCCAGAACUAAUCUCCCUCCACCAGAAUCGCAUCAGCGAGGACCACUUUCGUCGCCUGUGAAAUCGUCACCACACCAACAGCAACCACUGCCACCCAUUAACCACCAAAACUUCUCACCUCCACGCCAAGCACAGACACCGCACAUUCAACAUCAAUCUACCGCCAACGGGCAUCAGAGCGCACACCGCGACUAUCAGUCCGGCCAAUUGCGAACGCCUCAACAAAUGCUUGGUCAAGGCAGCACCACCGACGCGACUAAUGCGAACAAGGUCGCCGCGGAUGGGAUGAGUGGUCCAUGGCCUGAAGGUUCCAGUGCGAUUCCGCAGAAGCAUCAGAGCCCGGCGCAGCCGCCUGCAGCGGUUCACAGCCUCAGCGAGAAGAAAGUGUUUCCUCCUGAGACGCCACUUGUCCCCAGACCGCAUCAGCAGGCAGCCAGCACAGCUGGCAACAUACCUGUCAAGAAGUUGCCUGAGGAGGGUAGCGCAGAGUCGAAGGUGGAAAUGAAUGGCAUCCCACCGAGACCACCAUCACAUCCGGAGAUGGAGACACAGGCCCAGCAACAGCCUGGCGCUACGGCUCCAACACUUCCUCCCAUACAGCCUCCUCCACAGCAGUAG